UUUUUUUUUUUUCGUUUCUUAUCCUUUAUAGACAUAAUAAAUAUAUACAAACAUAAAUAAAGGAAUGAAAGAUAAUUAUAUAUCAUUAAAGGAGCUUGAAGGCAAUAUCGUAACUGAAGCUAUUGAUUGGGCAUUAUCUCAUGGUCUUGUUAUCCGACCUACAAAGGACCAAAUUACUAAUAACACAAGCUUCGUAAUGCAUGCCCCUUUUGCCCUUUAUCCUUCACCAUUUCCACUUGAAGAAUUUGAAAAAGCUAAAAGUUUACAACAGACUUGGAAUACCCUUAUUCAUAAAAUGAGUCGAGAUGAUGAUUUGAUUUCUGAGACAAUGGAAACUUUAUCAAAACUGGAUGAAUUUAUGAAUCGUUUAUAUCAAAUUUAUUUAACUGUCAAAAAAGAAGGGGUUGCGCAAACAGCUAGCCUUGGUAUUCAUCGUAAUGAUUAUUUAUUACAUACAUCAAAGGAUUCAAAAGUAAAAAUUCAACAAGUCGAAUUUAAUACUAUUUCUUCUAGUUUUGGUAGUUUAAGUAAAAGAACAGGCGAACUUCAUCGUUUUCUUUUAUCCUCAAUAGAUGGAUAUGCAGAAGGUCAUAUUAAAAUGGAUCAGUUGCCUGAAAAUAAUUCAAUUGAAGCAAUUGCUAAUGGAUUAGCAUUAGCUUGGAAACAUUAUGGAAAUCCCAAUGCACGUAUUGCCAUGAUUGUUCAACCUGGUGAACGUAAUGCUUUUGAUCAACGUUGGAUUGAAUAUACUUUAUUAGAAAAGCAUGGUAUUUUAUUAACAAGGUUGACACUUGAAGAUAUUGCCACUCGAGCUAAAUUAAAUCCUAAAAGCAAAGCAUUAACAAUUGAUGGGUAUGAAAUUGCUGUUAGUUAUUUCCGUGCCGGUUAUGGGCCCGAGGACUAUCCCAGUGAAACAGAAUGGGAUGCCCGUUUAGUUAUUGAGCGUUCCUUAGCCAUCAAAUGCCCAACUGUGGCCUAUCAACUUGUUGGAUCCAAAAAGGUCCAACAGGUCCUUUCCGAACCUAAUCGUCUUGAGCGCUAUAUUCAAACAAAGACCUCUGAAAUUCGGGAUACAUUUGCUGGUCUCUAUAGUUUAGAUAGUACGACUGAAGCUGGUCAAAAAGCCUACAAGAUGGCACUUGAACGUCCUGAUGAUUUUGUCAUGAAACCUCAACGUGAGGGUGGUGGUCAUAACAUAUAUGGAAAAGACAUCUUGACAGAACUUGAAAGAUUAAAACCAGAAGAGCGCAAUAGUUAUAUUUUAAUGGAUUUAAUCAAAAGUCCUCCUUUACAAAAUGUUAUGAUUCGGGAAGGUAAAACGAUUGUGGGUGAUGUUGUGAGCGAACUCGGUAUCUUUGGUACUUUCCUUGCGGACGAUGAAAAGGAAAUUCUGAAUGAGGUAGGAGGACAUUUGUUACGUACAAAAGCAACUACAACUCGAGAAGGUGGUGUUGCUGCAGGCUUUGCUGUAAUUGAUAGUCCUUUACUUGUCUAAAUAAAAAAAAAAAAAAUUGUGUAUUUAUAAUAUAAAUAAAGCAUGUACGAUUAAAUAUUUUUGUUUUUUA